CAGGUUAAAGUCCGCAGCUAGCGCGUGUCUCUAAAGUGAUUUCAUAGAGUUACAACUCCAAAAGAGGAUAUUUACACCAAGCGACAAGAUGUCUAUCACCGUGAAAAACAUUUCUGUUACUUACAAUUGUAUAAAUCAGAGCAAUACUUUCACCAACGGGGAUUUUAUAUCGGGACAAGUGAUUCUGGAUGUAGCCAAAGACACACAGAUGCAGUCGCUCAGUGUGAAAAUUAAAGGGAAAGCUGAGGUGUGCUGGACAGAACGUCACGGUCAAACUACUGUUGUUUACUCGGACAAGGAGAAGUAUUAUUCCGUGCAGAGGUUUUUCGUUUCGGAGAACAAAACACACGGUAAUGAGCGUGAGAUGCUACACGAUCCCUACGGACAGCCGUAUUCUUCGGUCGUUGCGCCAGGGCGUCAUGUUUAUCCAUUCACCUUUCAGUUGCCUCUACAACACUUCCCACCAUCCUUUAAAGGUUCAGUUGGAAAGAUUGCGUAUUCUUUAGAGGCAAAACUAGAAAGAGCAAUGCGUGUUUCUAGCAAAGACAAAGCAGAGUUCCACUAUGUACCCAAACCUGAUCUGCCUGGCCCUGAAUUAUUGGCACCUCAGUACGGAACCAAAGAUAAGCAAAUGAAACUUUUCACCUCUGGGAGUGUCUCCAUGAACAUAAACACAGAAAAAAUAGGAUACUACCUUGGAGAGGGCUUGAAAGUCUUGGCUGAAGUUCAGAACAAUUCGUCCCGGUUAAUCAAGCCAAAAUACUGCUUGUAUGAAAAACACAGUUUUUUUGCAAGAGGCAAGAGAAGGCUUCACCUACAUAACCUUCUAAAAGAGGAAGGAGAACCCAUUGAGCCAAAUUCAAAGAAAACUGUCACCAAAGUGCUGUCCAUUCCACCCAGCCUUCCCACCUCUAUCCUAAACUGCAGGAUCCUCAAGGUUGAGUACAGACUCAAGGUCUACCUGGAUGUGCCGUAUGCCUCAGAUCCAGAGAUCAAAUUUCCAGUUGUGAUUCUUCCUCCUCAGCUUGUGUCAGGGGCUACAAACAGUGACUUUGGAGUCUGGAAUGAACCAAUAGAAAGCAAUAUGUACCCCAACCCACCUCUUAUGGCUCCACUUGCCCCACCACUUCAUGUUGUAUCACCCGGUCAGUUUGGAGCUCCUGGUUAUCCCGGUCCUCCUCAUAUUCCUUUAGGAGCAUCUGGUUACCCUGGUCCUCCUCUUGAUCAGGUUGGUGCACCAGGCUUCCCUGGACCUCCUGGUCAGUUUGGUCCAAAGUCUCAUCUGCCUGACCCAUCAGCUCCACCUCCAUAUCAGGACUAUCAAUUAUAUCCAAAGUUGCCGGAUCACCCCCAAAAAUCUUGACAAAAAUUGUUUUAAAAUAACAUUCUUGGCUUCUUUUAUAAUAAGAUAGUCUGAACCCUUUUAUUUAAAGAUUUGCGAGAAUAAUUGAUAGUCAUGUUUUCUACAAAGUUGUUAUGAAUUUGAUAUGUUAAAAUGAUCACAGUUUGGAUAUCAUUUUAAGUUAGAACAAUAGUUAAUCAGUCUAUUAAGGUAACACACAAUGAUGUUUUUAUGUCUUUUUGGAGCACUGCAAUCAAUCAAAUUACCAUUACACAUUUUAUUCUUUUUCUAAUUCAGCUGAAUAAAACUUCUUUGUAAUUUUUUUUUAUA